GAAAGUGGAUUUAGACAUUGUUGAACAGCGCUGAGACGCCAUUACAGGGUGCGAGAUUUCUGCUCGGAGACACGUUUGGAGUAUAUUUGGGGAGAAGUGGAGAGACUGUAAGUUGGUGAGUCCUGCUCUAGAAAUAACUUUAAUACCAAAUGGCUGAGAAAAUCGCUCUUGUUGAAAGUUUCCUGAGCUGCCAUGUGUGUUCAGAGACUUUCAGAGAUCCUGUGUCUCUGGGCUGUAACCACAGCUUCUGUUCGAGCUGCCUGCAGACAUUCUGGGAACAAAGUAAGAACAAAAACUGUCCCAUUUGUAAAAGAAAGUCCUCCAAAGAUCCUGUGGUGAACUUUGCACUGAAGGAACUGUCUGACUCCUUUGCUGAGAGACAGAAAGCUGGAUCAUCUGAGACAGAGAAAGGAGAGAAGAAGGUGGAGGUGGUGUGUAGUAAACAUCAAGAAGAGCCUAGAUUGUUCUGUAUGGAUGAAGAGAGAGCUGUGUGUCCUGUCUGUGACUUUUCUCUCCACCAGAGUCACGAGGUGGUUCCUGUAGAACAAGCAGUCAGUGAGCUGAAGGACCUGCUGAAAUCUGACUUAUGGCGCUCUCUGCAGGACAAGAGGGACAAAUACAAAGGAGUGGAGACAACAUACAAGGAAGUGAUUCAAGUGUCCGAGAAGCAGCUGCUGUCCACAGAGAGGCAGAUCAGAGCAGAGUUCAUCAAGCUCCAUCAGUUCCUGAAAGAGGAAGAGGAGUCCAGACUGGCAGCUCUGAGGGAGGAAGAGGAGCAGAAAGGGAAGACUAUCAGCAGAGAGAUGAAGAGCAUUCAGGAGCACAUCUCCUCUCUGUCACACAGUAUCUCUGCUGUUGAAGAAGAGCUGCAGAAACUCAACGUGCCCUUCCUCAGCAGUUAUAAAGCCACUCAGAGCAGAGCCAGAGUCCAGAGCUCACUGGCAGACCCACAGCUGCUCUCAGGAGCGCUGACAGAUGUGGCCAAACACCUGGGCAACCUGUCCUUCAGAGUCUGGGAGAAGAUGAAGGACCAGGUCCACUUCAGUCCUGUCCUUCUGGACCCAAACACUGCAAGCAGCUGGCUCUAUCUGUCUGAUGAUCUGACCAGUGUGAGACGUGGAGACGACGAUCAGCAGCUUCCUGAUAAUCCAGAGAGAUUCACUCAGUAUCAUAAUGUUCUGGGCUCUGAGGGCUUCAGCUCAGGGAAACACAGCUGGGAGGUGGAGGUGGGAGAUCAUCCUGAGUGGAUUAUAGGUUUGACUAAAGAGUCAGCUGACAGGAAGGGAGAGAUACCAGGUGUCUCACCAGAAGAUGGAAUCUGGUGUUUAGCACAUGGCGAUGGAGGAUACUCUAAUGGUGAUGGUGAGACUGUCAGAGUGGAGAAGAAUCUCCAGAGGAUCAGAGUCCAGCUGGACUAUGACAGGGGGGAGGUGUCCUUCUACGACCCUGAACACAUGACUCCCAUCUGCACUCUCAGAGACACUUUCACUGAGAAACUCUUCCCAUAUUUCAGUAUUGGAAAAGCUGGUGAUGCUAAAACUGCUGAUAUCAAAAUCUGUCGACGUGAGAUUCCUCUGUGAUGCUCAGGAGUGUUGGUUCAGACUUUAUUCUGACUUCACUCUCCGUCUACAUCUCUUUGGAGUUUAUUUUGCAUCAAACUUUAUUACAGUGUGUUUAUAGUUUUCAUUUGACUCAUUUCAUGAUCGAUGAAUGUUCACAUUUUUAAUCCAAGAAUCUUUGAAUGGAUGAAUUUAUUUUCUGUUUUUCUUUGUAAUGGAUGAAAUGAGAAUGUUUGAUUAAGUUUUGUGUGAAUUCUUGAAGAAAUGUAAGAAGUCUGUAUAUCGUGCUGAAACUUCAUGACAUCAACCAAACUAAGAAUCAAAGCUGUCAGUUCUCCUUUGAUCUCGUUUCGAGUCAAACAUCACGUUAUAGCAGUAUACGUUAUCAGUUUAACUUCUAACUUCUCUUUCACUCGACCUCUCCUACUCCCAACUCUAUGUCAGUAGAAGAGCUGGUCUGUUGCCUGUGUUAUUAAAGUGACCGUUUACCGAA